AUGCUUGGUUCAAGAGUAAAUUUAAAACAUAUUAAACCAAAUAGAUUAUUUAAUAAAAAUAUUUUAAAUAAUGCAAGCAUAACUACAUCAAAAUUAACAAUACCAAUCUCAUCAUCUAUUAAAGCCAAAUCAAAUAAUGUUAAUAGUAAUUUAUAUUCAAAAUCAAUUUUUAAUCAAAUUUUAAAUAAUAACAAUAGCUAUAAAAGAUUUUAUUCAACUAACGAACAAAAACAACAAGAACAACAAGAACAAAAAUCUCAACAACAACAACAACAAAAAGAAGAAAAAGUUAAUGAAGAUGAAGAAAUUGAACAAUCAGAACCAAAUAAAAAAGUUGGUAGAUGGUUAUUAUUCUCAUGUGGUUUAGUUGGUGCAAUGAUUGUAAUUGGUGGUAUUACACGUUUAACAGAAUCUGGUUUAUCAAUGGUCGAAUGGAAACCAGUUGUUGGCACAAUUCCACCAUUAACACAAGAAGAAUGGGAGGCAGAAUUUGAAAAAUAUAAACAAUUCCCAGAAUAUAAAAAAUUAAAUAUGGGUAUGACAUUAGACGAAUUUAAACAAAUCUUCUUUUGGGAAUAUUCACAUCGUUUAUUAGGUAGAGUCAUUGGUGUUGCAUUCUUUUUCCCAUUUGUUUAUUACUUAAAGAAAGGUUAUAUCGAUCGUUCAUUAGCUAAAAAAUUAUCAGUUGUAUUUUUAAUGGGUGGUGCCCAAGGUGCACUUGGUUGGUAUAUGGUUAAAAGUGGUUUAGACGAAAAAUUAAUUCAAGGUGAGGUACCAAGAGUCAGUCAGUAUAGAUUAGCUGCUCAUUUAGGCAGUGCAUUUGUCAUUUAUACCGCUUUGUUUUGGUUUGGUUUAGGUUUAGUUAGACCAGCCGCUAUCGCUUCCAAUCCAAAUCUUCAAAACUUUGCUCCAAAAAUGAAGAAAUAUUCUCACGCUGUAGCUGGUCUCAUUGGUGUCACUGCCAUGUCUGGUGCUUUUGUUGCUGGUCUCGAUGCUGGUUUAGUUUAUAACACUUUUCCAAAGAUGGGUGAUGAUUGGAUUCCAGAUGAUAUUAUCAAUCCAAAAAUUAAACCAGCCUAUAAAAACUGUUUUGAACACGAUGUAACUGUCCAAUUCCAACAUAGAGUUCUUGCUUGUAUUACCUAUGGUUCAAUUCUUGCCCUUACCGCUUUCGCCUAUCGUGGUCGUAAAGCAUUAUCACCAAAAGCUCGUUUAGCUGUUAAUAGUUUAGCUGUUAUGGGUACUGCUCAAGUAAUUUUAGGUAUUUCAACUCUUUUAACAUUUGUACCUGUUUCACUUGCCGCCUCACAUCAAGCAGGUUCAUUAACUCUUUUAACAAUUGCUACUUGGUUAUUACGUGAAUUAAAGAAAUUACCAAAAUAAAAUAAUAAAUAAUAAAUAACAAAUAAAAAGCCCCAAAUAAAUGGUUUAUUUUAUUU